AUGAUUGGGGCACUAUUCCUCCCCCCCACUGACUCCAACGAUGGGGCACUAAUUCCUCCCCCCACUGACACCAACGAUGGGGCACUAUUAUGCAAAACGACACCAACGUUUCCACUAUUCACCCCACUGAUCACCAACGAUGGGGCAGUAUUCCUCCCCCCACUGACACCAACGAUGGGGUCAACUAUUCCUCCCACCAACUGACACCAACGAUGGGGCAACAUUCCUCCCCCCACUGGACCUCCCACCAACGAUGCACCUAUAUAUACUCCCACUGACACCAAAAUGAGGCACUA